GAUCUGUGCCUCAUUCGCACUCAAAGGCGUUUUCCACCCGUUCAUGUCCGGUGGCGUCACCGUCCCUUCCGUCAGCACUGGCCAGGCCUUCGCUCUCGAGUUCUUGAUCACUUUCAAUCUCUUGUUCGUCGUCACUGCCGUUGCCACUGACACUCGCGCGGUAGGAGAGUUGGCUGGAAUUGCAGUAGGAGCAACAGUGAUGCUCAACAUCCUCGUCGCAGGGCCCUCAAGUGGUGGUUCGAUGAACCCAGUGAGGACUCUGGGCCCCGCCGUCGCCGUCGGAAAUUAUAGGGAAUUGUGGGUGUACCUGGUGGCUCCGACACUGGGGGCCAUCGUUGGCGCCGGAACCUACACCAUCGUCAAGCUGAGAGACGACGAAGUGGGUGCUCCGGUGCAGGUAAGGAGCUUCCGUCGCUGAAAACAUGCGACAGCAGUGCUAUGAACAAUACUUCUCUACUGAAUGGGCAACAAGAAAUUUACUAUUAUAUUUUUGACACUCUCCUUCUCCAUGUUCUCUCCUACCUGUCAAAAAUUUAAUAGUAUUUCUACUGUUGGAUCGACAAGGAAGUAUUGUUCGGUAGCUAUAUCUAUCAAUGUACGAUAAAAUGGUGUCUAUGUGUGAUUAGUAGAAGAAUAAAGAUGAGAAAGGCGAUGUGAUUGAUGAGACUUCAAUGGCCAAACGCCCAACUUUAGAUGAAACUGAUGAAAUAUUGUUGGGGUUUUGGAAGUGAUGGAGAAUCAUUGAUUAUCUCACAGCCUUCUUGAUUGCUAUGUUUGUGGUGUUUCUUCUUGUGUCUUGUCUUAAUUUCUUUUGAAGUCUUCUGCUGUAAAAACACUGUGGCUUCCUUUAUUUGUGUGGAUUUGCUUGUGAUCAAUAUAAUAGACGUCUUGUUUUUGUGAUA